AUUCAGACCACUCCUUCCAAAGUGGGUGAGCUGUGCAAGAACCAAUCGACACUAGUCGGAAAUGAUGCAAGAAGUUUUGUUUUGGACAAGCAGAGGCAAAGAAUGGGUUCGUCUGCGGAUGGCCACAAGGUAGCGUUCGAGAAAUAUGGUGUGUUUCUAAACACGAGCACAAAAAGGACACAUGACCAGGAUACACACAUUCCCGGAGUGAUUCGGAUCAUUGAAAAGGGUUCUGAUACAGUCGUGGAGUGGAUUCCAGUAAGUGAGAGUGGAGAACAUUCUCAGUUCCUGUACUCCAAGAAGGAUAGCAAUGUGAAUGGAGCCUGCCACACUGAAGAGGAGAUGUUCGAUCCAGGUUACGAGCCUGACUGGGCUGUUAUUAGCACAGUAGGGACCCGGCCACAGGAGGAAGUACGUGCUGCCGCCCAGUCUCCAGGAGUGCACAGCCAGUGGGCGUUCUCCAUCAGUCUGUCCGAGCUGAAGUCUAUCCGCAAAAACAAGCCGGGCCUGGGCUGGUCGUACCUCAUCUUCAUCAGCAAAGACGGCAUCUCCUUUCCAGCUCUCCACUUCCACGCUGGUGGCACCCGAGCUUUGCUCAAGUGUCUGUGUAAAUACGUGGUCCUGGCAACGUCCAAGAAGGACUCUCGUCUGUACCUAGUCUACUCUCACGACUCUCACGCUCUGUCUCAGUCCUUUGAUGAGUUGCAGCUGUUUGACGAGCAUUCCUCAGAUCUGGUUUCACGGUUCAUACAGGACCCUUAUGCCGCAACGUUCGGUAGUUUCUCCAAAGUGACCAACUUCCUGCGCGAGGCUCUGCGCCCCCCGGACGGCACCCGGCACCGGCCGAUGCGCGAGAUGGCCGCCGGCCUAGACCUGGACCAGCAGGAUGAGCCAGGCUUCGAGGUCAUCACCUGCCAAGCUGACCUGGGCCAAAGGCCGACAGUACAGCGGCAGGAGACCUUAACGGCCGCAGAGUGGCAGAAACAUCUUGACCCAGAAGGAAGAGUUCAAGAUGUGGACAAACUGAAGAAAAAAAUCUUUAAAGGAGGCCUGUGCCACAGCAUCCGACGGGAAGUUUGGAAAUUCCUGCUGGGAUACUAUCCGUGGGACAGCUCAGCCGAGGAACGCAAAGUGUUGGUGAAACAAAAGACAGAUGAAUAUUUCCGGAUGAAACUACAGUGGAAGUCGGUGACCGAGGAUCAGGAACGACGGAAUUCCCUGCUACGGGCAUACAAGAGUCUGAUAGAGCGGGAUGUUAGCAGGACCGAUCGCAACAACAAAUUCUACGAGGGGAAUGACAACCCAGGCCUGAUCCUGCUCAACGACGUGCUCAUGACCUACUGCAUGUACAACUUUGAUCUGGGCUACGUUCAGGGAAUGAGUGACCUUCUCUCCCCAAUAUUAUACGUCACUCAGAAUGAAGUCGAUUCCUUCUGGUGUUUGACCGGUUUCAUGGAGAAAGUGCACCGGAACUUUGAGGAAAGUCAGGAAAGCAUGAAGGAGCAGCUGGAGAAGCUAGCGCUGCUGCUGAGGGUGCUGGACUCUGCCCUCUGUGACUUCCUAGAUUCCAGAGAAUCGGGGAACCUGUGCUUCUGCUUCCGCUGGCUGCUCAUCUGGUUCAAAAGGGAGUUUUCCUUCCCAGAUAUACUGCGGCUUUGGGAGGUCCAAUGGACUGGACAUCCAUGUCCAAAUUUCCACCUGCUGGUGUGCUGUGCGAUCCUGGACUCUGAGAGAGAUGCACUGAUGAAUCCAAACUACGGAUUCAAUGAGAUACUCAAGCACAUCAACGAGCUGACCAUGAGGCUGAACAUGGAGGACAUCCUGUGCCGGGCGGAGGCCAUUUAUCAGCAGCUGGCAGCCUGUCCGCAGCUGCAGAGGAGCGUGCAACACAUCCUGGGACUGGCGGCGCAGGAGGAGGAGGAGGCCACCCCCACCCCCACCCCCACCCCCAGCUCGGGCACGGGCACGGGCUCCGGACAGGGGAACUCCCCCCGGCCGCUCUCCCCCAGCCAGACGCACGAGUCCGAGCUGACCGACAGUGCCCCCCACAGUCUGCCCGACAGCAGCAUCGAGAUCCUGCACACCGACGAUGGAACCAUCGAACCGACCCACAGCCCAUAGGUACUCGUGCGUGGGUGGUGGGGGGAGGAGGGGGGGGGAUACCCCAUCCCCCAUCCCCAAGUGGAACCCCCCCCCCCCCAACUCCCAACAAAGACACUAGCAUUUUCACCAAAGCCUUGACCAAGAGGUUCACCCGAACAGUGGCUUUGGAAAUUAGACUGAAUCCAUCCUGUUGGUCCCCUGAUCCCGGUCAAUAUCCUCCCCGCGCUUCUAACCUAGAAACAUAGAAACAUAGACAAUAGGUGCAGGAGUAGAGGCCAUUCGGCCCUUCGAUGCUGCACCGCCAUUCAAUAUGAUCAUGGCUGAUCAUCCAACUCGGUAUCCCGUCCCUGCCUUCUCUCCAUACCCCCUGAUCCCUUUAGCCACAAGGGCCACAUCUAACUCCCUCGCGGGCGUAAAGGCGUGUAAUAUUUAUCACGAGAGAUGUAGACAUUAAAAAGCUGGAGUAACUCAGCGGGACAGGCAGCAUCUCUGGAGGGAAGGAAUGGGCGACGUUUAGGGUCGAGACCCUUCUUCAGACCAGACCCAAAACGUCACCCAUUCCUUCUGUCCAGGGAUGCUGCCUGUCCCGCUGAGUUACUCCAGCAUUUCUGUACCUAUCUUCAGUUGAAACCUGUAUCUGCAGUUCCUCCCUGCAUUUAAUAUUUAUCACAGUUCCCGAAGAGGGCAAAUGGCGCAUUUCGAACCAGUUGCCCCCUUUCUAAAUUAUUUGAGUGCUCUGUCACACCAGAGUCAUGGAGGGCCACAGCGUGGAAGCAGGUCCACGCUCAUCCCAUCUAUGGAGGCUACAUUCUUGGGACAGUGUUUAUACGUGUCACUCAACAGGCCCGGUAGAGUUGCCACCUCACAGCGCCAGAGACCCGGGUUCAACCCCGACUACGGGCGCUGUCUGUACGGAGUUUGCACGUUCUCCCCGUGACCCGCGUGGGUUUUCUCCGAGAUCUUCGGUUUCCUCCCGCACUCCAAAGACGUACGGGUUUGUAGGUAAAUUGGCUUGGUGUAAGUGUAAAUUGUCCCUUGUCUGUGUGGGAUAGCAUCAGUGUGCUGGUCAGUGUGGGCAGAAUGGCCUGUUUCCACGCUGUAUCUCCAAAAUGAAAUAAACUAAACUAAAGACUCAUCUUCUUCCGUGUCCAUCUUCCUUGUUUCAAAUGUUGACAUCGCUGUCAUCGUCUGUUCUGAAAAGGACGGCAAGCUUCCGUCGACAAUCAGUGGGGAGACAUCACUGGUUGAAAUAGGUGAUGGUGGUAGCAGAAUUAACUCGGGAUACUUCCAGUCUCCAGCCCCCCCCCCCCCCCCCAGCCACGGACACUUCUGCUAUGGGGCCAACUAAUCACUGAGAUGGGGCUGAGAUAUAUGCUGAGGCAUCCCAUACAUCACCAAACUAUUUUUGUCGACUUGGACGGAUUUGAUGUUGGUGUUGUCACUUCAAGAACCCUUCGUAGUAAAGGGCAAGGCUGUAAGAUGUACAAAGCCAGAAGUCUUUUCUACCUGUAUGUUUAAUGGGAUGUGAUUAUGCUGUAUUUAAGUAAUGGUUAAAGAUUUUUUUCCUGGUUAGAAGUAUAUAUAUAUGACUAUAUGUGCUUUAUAACAUAUGUGUAGUAUAUAUUUGAAUGAGCAGAUAACAAAUUGAAAUUUAUCUUCCAUUGUGCCAAACAAGAUGGUGAAAUAUUCCUGAUGUGAAUCUAAUUACGUUGAAAUAUGAGAGAUAUUGGUGCAAUGU